AUGAAGGGAUUAUCUAGCAGCCGUAGUCAUCAUCACGGGGUUGCCUGUGACUCUCCAUGUGACAGUCUGCCACACCACCCAGACAGGAAGCCAUAUUUGUUAAACCCAGUGGACCCCCAUCCUGCAGAUCACCCUUACUACACUCAAAGGAACUCUUUUCAGGCAGAGUGCAUGGUGCCCUACAGUGAUCAGAUUGCCAGCAGCACGUUUCCCCGGAGGCAUUACAAUUCCCACCAUGAACUCAAGGAUGAGUGUGCUCUAGUUCCCCAUGGAACUGCCAGUAAGACCAACCGCCUCCGCCACCUGCCUCUGAAUCGGGAUGGCUACCACACUCUGCAGUACAAGCGGACUGCCAUGGAGCACCGCAGUGACAGCCCAGGGAGGAUCCGACAUCUGGUUCAUUCUGUCCAAAAGCUCUUUACCAAGUCCCAUUCCCUGGAGGGACCAUCCAAGGGGAGCGUCAAUGGGGGCAAAGCGAGCCCGGAGGAGUCACAGACGAUGAGGUAUGGGAAGCGCAGCAAGAGUAAAGAAAGGCGAUCAGAAGGUAAGCCCAGAUCCAACACAUCAGGAUGGUGGAGUUCAGAUGACAACUUGGACAAUGAUGUUUGCAUUUAUCAUGGUCCCAGUGGGGUCAUGACCAUGGGAAGAUGCCCUGAUCGUUCUUCUUCUCAGUACUUUAUGGAAGCCUAUAACACUAUUAGUGAACAUACUGUGAAGUCAUCCAGAAGCAAUAAUGAUGUCAAAUGCUCUACCUGUGCAAACCUGCCUGUGAAUUUAGACUCCCAGCUAAUGAAGAAAAGCUCUUGGUCCUCUACGUUAACCGUGAGCAGAGCCCGCGAAGUUUACCAAAAAGCAUCAGUUAACAUGGACCAGACAGUGGUGAAGGCAGAGACGUGUCAACAGGAACGGUCAUGUCAGUACCUCCAGGUUCCUCAAGAUGAAUGGACUGGAUACACUCCACGAGGGAAAGAUGAUGAGAUACCCUGCCGACGAAUGCGUAGUGGCAGUUACAUCAAAGCCAUGGGGGAUGAUGACAGUGGAGACUCAGACACAAGUCCGAAGCCAUCUCCAAAGAUCGCUGCACGGAGAGAGAGCUAUCUCAAGGCCACCCAGCCGUCCCUUACAGAGCUCACCACCCUCAAGUAA